GCCGACUCCGCGCGCAAGCCAGAGACCACCAGGACGACCGUCGUCGCCCUCUGCCAUCGAUCCCUCGCCCGCCCAACUCCGAUUCCAUCUCGCACUCGUCGCCGCUCAUCUCGCUCCUCGUCGCACCUCUUCCAUGCUUGGCCUCACGCCUCUGCGACGCCCGCUCGAGGUUGGAGGCCGCCCCAAAGGCUCGCCCUGAGGUGCUGCCAAGACGUCCCGUCCCCCGUCCCCACAGGAGCGCCAUGUCACUUCCCCCAUCGCUACAUCCGCCCUCCGCCAAAGAAGGUCCGCACAAUCACAAUGCCCGCAUGUUGAGCACCUGGUCGCAAGCGCAGCGUCUGCGCACCCCCAUCCCCGCCCCCAGCGAUGAGGCCAUGUCCAACGGCGACUCCAACAACAAUCCGGGGGAGGCCCCCGACGCCGAAGACCCCCGGGCCGCCCUCUUCCGCGAACGCUUUGCACGCUCAGAAGCGCGUUUGAUGGCCCUUCUUGAACACGGUGGGCACGUCGAUGCGCAAGGAGACGCCAUCAACGCAAUCCCUCCCUCGUCCGAGAGCUCCGCCCAGCUCCCUCCGGCGCAUGACGCGCGACCUCCCGUGACCCCCAAGAAAGCCGUCCGCACAAUCACCGAGAACUAUGGCGAUGACGAUGAGGAAGAAGAGGAGGAAGAUGACUCCCGCACCUCGCCCCUGUUCGCGAAAAGCGUGUCCAAUGGCAGUGCCGCCGCCGCCCUCGGAACCCCUACCCUCCGCAUACCCUCCUUCCCUCCGAGACUGGGGACCGAUCGAACCAGCACACCUUCUACCGAGCAACCCAGGUCAUCCGAUGAUGUCCGCAAGAAGCUACUGCAAGACAAGAAGGCCGCCGAGGACAUGGCCAAGCGCACCUUCAACACCAUGUUCUACACGUUGGAGAAUGAUAGGGACGCUAUGCUGGAGCAGCAGAAACUCGAUGAGCUCGACCGCCAAGUUGAGACGGAGAUGUCCCGGCAGGCCAACGAAGCGCCUGCAGCGCCCCAGCAAGGGACACUGAGCACAACCAAUAUGGGAGCUUCUAGUUUCGCAUUCAAGAAUCUCAUUGCGGUCUUAGACAAGAAGAGGCAUCUGGUCAAAGCGAGCGAUACACAACUCAGAAGCUUGAUGAGCGAAGUUAGGAAGAAUCGCAGCAAAUGGGCCAACGAGGACCGCGUUGGCCAGGAGGAGUUGUACGAGAGCAUUGAGAAGGUGCUGAUGGAGUUGAAAGCUGGGGAGAACGCAGGCCCUUUCCUCCAACGUGUCAAUAAACGUGAAGUCCCGGACUAUUUUCACGUCAUCAAACAACCCAUGGACAUUGGCACCAUGAUGAAGAAGCUGAAAGGGUUGCAGUACAAGUCGAAGAAGGAGUUUGUGGAUGAUCUGAUGCUAAUAUGGUCCAAUUGCUUAAAGUACAAUGCCGACCCAGCUCACCCCCUCCGCAAGAAGGCGCUCUACAUGAGGAAGAAGACGGAACAGCUCGUUCCCCUGAUACCGGAUAUCACCAUCAGAGACCGUGCCGAAGUUGAAGCCGAAGAAAGAAGGAUGCGGCAAGGCGACGCUGACGCUGAUGGUGCCGAGGAGAGUGAGGAUGAAGAGCCGAUAAUGGCCUCGCGCGGGCGCAAAGCCCCGAGCAAGGGAGGUCUGGGCUCAACCACAGGAAGAAAAGCCCCUCCAGCUGGUCUUGAGGGCACGCCUGGAGCAGACGGCAAACCCGCUGUUCCCUCGCUAAUGACAUCUGCUUCGAACGUUAAGAACGAAAAUCUUCGCGCGGAGUCGCGGGCAGACUCCGAGAUGGAGGGAAGUGUUAAUGGACUUACCACCCCUCCCCCGGGUACCCUGACUCCAUUUGGACCCAACGGCGUGUCCAAGAGUGGUGCGCCUCCCAGCCAAGCGGAUGUCUCCGAAGCCGAUGGCACUGGUACCUCAAUGAGUGGAUUCUUGGAGAACGAGGAUGCCGAGCUGGACGAUUUGGAAUAUAAGACCUGGAAGCAAGUCACCAAGAAGGAUCGUGCCAUUAUCGCUGCGGAACGUAACCGAUUAUUCCGGGACGAUCGGUUGAACGUUGAGGAACCCGCAAUUCUGCGCACCAGGGCCGGAAUGCGAAGGUGGCUCCGGCACAAGAAGCUUGCAUCCGAGAGAGACUCCCGCGAGGGCGGAACUGCAGCUUCAGAGGGCAAAGAGGCCACUGCCGGUGAGACCCUCGCUGAAGGUGUUGAGGAGGAGGAAGAGCGUCAAGUCCCAGACUACUAUGAUCCUGUCUGUGUUAUCCCUGAUAUCCCUGAACGACUGCAAUGGGCCGAAGAUUCUCAAGGUUAUGUUAUUCAGCAAUCCGAGGAGUAUAUGCGGAUGGUGCCUCCAGGUCACUUUACCUCGCCCGAGAGCUCCCUAGCAAAGCGCAUGGAGUCCAACAUCCGACAAAUGCAAGAUACCCGGAAGAUUUGCGCAAAGAUUGGUAUCGUCAAGCAAAUGCAGCUUCAGACGCAGAUGUACCAGAAUCAGUUCCAGAAAUACGACCCUCAGCCCUUCGUGGAGGCUGACAUCGACCCUAUGGUCGUAACUGACGAUGGUGCAAUCAUGGCGCCGUAUGUCUGCCGCGCCGCCUUGCAGAGAAGCGUGGGGAAGAUUCUCUAUCAUGCCGGUUUCGAAGAAUUCCAGCCCUCGGCAUUGGAAGCGAUCACCGAUAUAGCUGGCCAAUUCUUUCAAAACCUUGUCAAGACCCUGAAUGUAUACCGGGAAGCACCCAAAACGAAGUCGGAUAUGCCAGUGCCCACACCAACUGGGGCGAUGACGAGUUGGGUUCCCCGAUUUAGUCAGGAAGAGGUGAUCCUCCACGCGCUAGACGCCAAUGGGGUGGAGCUCGAGAGUUUGGAGUCGUACGUCAAAGACGACGUCGAGCGGCUCAGUACUAAGCUCGCAUCGAUGCAUGAUCGCAUGCGGUCGCAUUACGCCGAUCUUCUGCGUCCAGCCCUGGACAGUAAUGCCGGGGCUGAUGGUUCUGGAGCUUUCAACGACGGGAGCGAGCAAUUUGUUGGCGGAGACUUUGCGGAAGAGCUUGGGGAAGACUUCUUCGGUUUCCGGGAACUUGGUCUUGAUAAGGAGCUUGGCAUCUCCUUCAGCGUGCCUCUGCAUCUGCUCCAGAACAGGAUGCAUAAUGCCUAUGCGGCACAGAACCCGAGUAAUGUGGCGACAACCGGUCUACUCAUGGAAGAGCCGCCCAAGUUCGAGCCCGUCACGAUUCACAAUGUGGCUGGCCAGAUCGGCCUCAUCCAAGACUGGCUCAAAGCCAAGCUGCAGGAGAACAACAACCAGCCGCUUGUCGAAGAUGAGGACCUGCCUCCUAAGCAGAGAUUCCCGAAGCCGCGUCUGCCACCUACCGGCAAGAUUCUCAGCCCUCGGAAACGCCCGAUCAGGGAGCAGCAGCAAAUGGCGCGAAAGAAACGGAAGCUCGAUGAGGAGCGAGAGGAAAAUGCAGGUAACGAGGGUGCCGGGGCGAACGGAAGCUUCACCGGCAAAGGAUCGAACAAGCCGCUCAGUAAAUUGAAGCUGGACGUGCCCUCUCAGAAAGACAAUCAAAACGUCCCAGAUCCGGAGAAGGACGAUGGCAGCGCUGUUGGCAUGAUCAGCCCAGAGAGCAUCACUGCUGCAUGAUCGCGCCGGUCUCUAUCGCUCGUUCUGCGUCCUUUCAUUUCAUACUUUAUUUCGCAAGCGCUUUCCUUGAAGGCAAGCAACGUGCAUGAAGCGCCUGGUUUCUCAGCGCUGGUCGGGUCUCUUUUGACGGUGGUGUUGUUUACUCGUGGUCUGGGUAAUCAUGGGUGCAUUUGCGUUCUGGACUUUUAAGGCAUACUCGGGAUGGGUGGGUGACGUUCAGUUGUAUACCCGUUGACUUGCAAUCUGUAUGGCCCCAUGCAUGGGCCGAUCUGGGCAAGAUAGACAACCGCAGGAUAUCUUUGGCUUCGUGCUUAGUUGUGUAUAUCGUCGGCUGGAUCUAUGAGGAAUGCACGCGAAUUACGCUCCGAUAGAAGCUUAUAAUUGUUCGUGG